AGUUGAAACCAAAUAGCGGUGAAACCCCCAUACUGCAGUGCUCAUAAGCACCACCAUAGCCGCGCUAAAGCGUCCCAUAGCAACGCUAUCACCUAGCAACUGACCCAAGUGUAAAACAAAGUAGAAUUUGAGUUGCCUUAAUCAUUUCACUUCGCACGAUAAAUAAAAAACAAACUUUUCGCUGACCGAUUUGUUACGCUGCGACAUAAUCCCCAAAAUGUAUGAGAAGCAAGACACCGCGCAAUCGGAAGAAAAACGUGAAACCAUACAGGAAAUAGCCAUUAAAUUAGCCGAGGAGCAGUUGCGUACUUUGCAGGUGGAGAGUGGACCAAAGGAGCGUACUAUUUUUGUGCUGGGCAGCAAAGGCGCUGGCAAAUCCACUGCCGUGGCUAAAUUCUUUGAUCGCGACGACAAUCCGCGUCCCACACUUGCGCUGGAGUAUUCCUAUGGACGACGCACGAGUGGCACGCAGAAGCAAGUAUUGAACGUGUGGGAGCUUGGCGCUUUAGACAAUGCCGAGCAAUUGAUUUCGGUGCCUUUGCGCAUGCAUGGACUGGAGCAUUUUGCGGCCAUAAUAAUGUUAGAUCUAUCGCAGCCGCAGCGUGUCUGGCCUGAUUUGGAACACAUUUAUCAUGCCUUACGUGCGGCAAGCAAUAAACUUUUGAAUGCCGAGCAAGAGCAAACAUAUCGUGAACGCAUGGCGGAGCGCAUUAAGCGGAAUGUGAGUGAUGUGGAAAGCCUCGAACUGAUGCCCUACCCAGUGGUCAUAGUUGGUGGCAAAUAUGAUUUGUUCAAAGAUUUCGAACCCGCGGUGAAGCAACACCUUUGCCAUUGCCUGCGUUCUAUGGCGCAUCUAAUAGGCGGUAGUGUGCUUUUCUAUUCUGCCAAAGUGCCUAAGCUAGCUAAAAUACUACGCGACACAAUGAGCCACUUGGGCUUUGGCAGUCCUUCGCAUCCUUUUCGCGCUCAUGUCACGGACUUCAAUGAUGCCCUCUCCAUUUGGUUUGGCACCGAUAGCUGGGAUCAGAUUGGCAGCGCUGGUGUAUUGAGCGUGGAACGCAUUGGUUCACUACUGGCUGCUGAGAUGCCACAGCUUAAUGAAGCUGGUGGUAAAAAACGGAAAACGAAAACACAAAUCAACGAUCCAGCAAAGGAUCCAGGCUUUCGUGAGAGCAUCAUCGAUGAUAUGCGCGCUCAGAAAGACAAGGAGUUGCAGGCGCUUAUUAAGGAGUCGCAAUUACGUGGACAAUUUGAGACGAUUGUUUAAGUUUGCUAUGGUAAGGGAGAUGAGGAAAUAGAGAGGAUUAGCAUAAAAACAU